UGAGUCGUUUGGAACGCGAGCGCCGUGAGCGCCAUUGUGAAAAGUGAAAAAUGGAUUUUCCACCCUGGGCAGUCGAUGCGCUUGGGACGUCCGAGCAUGUGCCGUCGCCUGUCAGCGAUUAACAAGUGUUUUCCCCAAGUUUUCCCCCGCUUUCCACCGGCCAGCAAGAUUUUGUAGGCGUGGGCCAAGCGGAAAUGAGAAAAAUUAAUUUUAACAAAUAUUAAUUGUCAUUCUGUGUCACAUCAAAUUGAAAUACGUGUGUGUGUGUAUUUUGUCUAAUUGCGUAAAUAAUCUUUUAAUGUACUGUCUGUGACUUAAGUACGUCUAAACUAAACGAAGUACUGUCUAAAUGAAAAAAAAAUUUUGAAAAAUAAACCCUUCACGUUCCUCAAGUUGAAAGCAUUUAAAACACAACAAAAUACGAAAUAAUUGCCAUAAUACAACGAUUUGUUUAUUAAACGAAAGCACACACAACGAAAACAAAACGAAGGGAACAAAUGGAUUUAGAAAUAGAGGAGAACUAAAAUAUCAGAGACAUCGAAGAGCACCAAGAGAAAGGCGAAUAUGUUCAAUUUGCUGCGGAGAUCGCGUCGUGGAAAAACGCACAAGGCGCCAGACAACGACAUCGUCGACGAGGAGGACAGAUCGGUGAGAUAUAGCCGGAUCGGGGAACUAUCCCAUACUCUUAGCCAAGAAGAGCGGCCGGAAAGAGCGCGACGGGCGGUGAUCGAAGAGCUGGAGGACUUUCCUAGCGACUUUGACGACGGCAGCGGCGACGAAGAGCGUUUAAAAUUAGCAAAAACAGCUGCUAAUGGCCGCUCCGACAAUUUGAAUAUAAAUAAAUUGGGCGGAGAUGCGAGGACGAGGACGGGUGCCUCUUGCGGUGAUCGAAAUGCGGCUCGCGGCAGUCAAAACGAGGCAGCCAGCGCGAUCGUGAGCACCAGCGUUGGUGGUCAGCUAAUUGCCACUAUCGAUGAUCCAUCGCCACUAGCCGUGAUCCAUCGCCAUCGCAGUGAAAGCGACCAGCAGAAGCGCCAGUCGCUGCUCUCCUUGGGCAGCCUAAAGUUCGGUAACAGCAAAGAAACUCAAAGCCCGGAGACAGAGCCGAAGAAGCGGAAAACUCUGCAGAAGAGUCGCGACUUCCUCAGCGACAUUUUCAUGGCGCGCGGUCGAAACCACCAGCGUCAAAAGCAGCAGCAACAGCAGCAGCAAAUCUCCACCGCUGGCAAACCGAAUAAAUCGAAUAAAAGUAAUGCCAAAGACGUAAUCGCCGUACACCUUGAAACGAACUCCGACCCCGCGCUCGCAUCCCCGACCACUUAUCAAAUGACUUUGGCUAAUAAUAGCCCAGAGAACGUCGGCCAGCGAAGAGUCGGCCAAGAGAAAAGUAACGCAGCUGGAGUGCGCGAAGAGCUGGCGAGUUUUCCCGCCACGCCAGAGAGUCCGCCGAGAUUUCCGCCAGAGAUCGCGCCGGAGAAGGAAAACGAGCCGAGAGCCAUGCGUUCCUCGGCCAUUCAAGCGGCAAACGUUGAGCGGCCAACAGCAAUCGGCGAACAGCAACCGCUACCGCCGGGCAAUGCAAUUGCCGCCCCGCAGCAACAUCUGGCCGACCAGCAGCAACAUCAGUUGAGACAGCAGCAACAUCAAGCGAAUCAGCAGCAACAUCAAGCGAAUCAGCAGCAGCAGCAUCAGCAACAUCAGCCAGAGCAAUUAAGUGACAUAACAAUGGGCCAAACCAGUGCCAAACCGAACGAAAUCAGUUCGGCCCACAGUUCGCGGGCGAGUACGCCGCGUGAUUUCCGUGAGUCGGUCGUGAGUGCGCCGCAAGCCCCGCCCCGCCAUCAAAAGUCCGGACCGGAAGUGCCCAAGAUCACGGUGGAGGACUGCAGCUUCCCGGAGGAGAAGGAGGAGAAGCCCGCCAGGUCACCGGAGAUAUUCUACGAACUGAACGAGCCCGCGGAGAACUCCCUCAACAUCGAGGAGCUCAACGAGGCGCACAUCGAAACGCUAGAGGACGAGGUCUUCGCCUCGGACAUACCGGCCACCAUCUACCAGAACUCGAGCAGCCGUCCCUGGACUCGCCUGAGUCAUGUGAAGCUGGAGAAUGUCCAGGAGGAGGCCGAGGAGGAGGAGGAGGAGGCGGAGGAAGACAUGGACGAGGUAGACGAGGCAGUGGAUCUGGACUACGAGCCUCCGCUGGGCAGCAAUCCGAACAACGGAAAUUCCCGGCAGUCGGCGAGCAGCGAGAGGAGCGCCCUGAAAAGCGACUCCAAUCUGAGCAGCAGCUACGCGGACUCCGGGAUCGGGGAGCAGGAGAUAACCACUCCGCAGCAGCCGCCGCAACCGCCGCCGCGGAGCUCAUCGCACAUGGCCACCAACCAGAACCAGAACUACAACCAGAAUGCGAGUGCGAGCCACGCCUUCAUCCGCGAUGGAAAUUCCACGGAUUGCGAGGAGACCUUUCUGCAGUGCGACGAACUCGACGACAUCGAGCGUUUCAGCGAGUUCAGCGAGCGGCUGGUCUGCAUCGAGAGCAUCAGCCUGCCGGAUGUGGUGGUGGAGUCAACGACCGCCAGUGCAACCACAUCGGCAGCAGGCGGAACACCAGCGGCAGCCGGGAUGACAGCAACGCCAUCUGCAACCACAAACGGCGCUAACGAGGCGCAGAUCAACAUCAACGUGGCCAACGGGGCGGGAGGCAACAGCCUGGGCAACGUGCAUUUCAUACCCAUCCACGUCGAGGGUCGCAGUCGCAGCAACAGUCCCAAGCAGCGCAGCAAGGACGACAGCUGCCUCGGCCAGGACAUGACGCCCUGCAUCGAGAUCGUCGAGGAUGGCAGCAUUCUGAAUAAGCCAGUGCGCCAGGAGAGUCCCUUCGACAACCAGGAACUCAGAAAGGAGCUGAAACAGCAGAAAGCACGAUUCGCCAGCCAAUUGGACGAGGCCCACAAAAAUGCCAGUCAACUGGAGGCCAAGUUGGCCGACACGCAGUACAAGAUCCAGAAACUCGAACAGGAACUGUCCGUCAAGCAAUGGAAUGUGGAAAGACUUCAGAGUGAACUGAGUGCUGCCCACAAGGACGAUGAGUAUGUGCGGAAAAAGCUAAAGCUUCUAGAGGAUGAAAAGGUCCACCUACGGCACAAAUACAGCGAAAACCAAGAUGAAUUCCAGAUUAAAUAUGACGAACUUGAAGCUCGGUAUAACGAACUCACAGAGAAGUACAAACUGACCCAGAGCCUGGCCAAAAGCCUGCAAACCCAACUGGCCUGCGCCCAAGUGGAGGCUCAGGAAUGGCGCCAGCAGGUGGAGAGGAUCAGUGCGGAUCUGGAGGAGCAGAUACGCAUCCUGAAGAACGCGCUGGAGAACUCGGAGGCGGAACGCAAGAUCUGCGAGGACAAGUGGCAAAAGGAGUUCGAAAUGCUCAGGACACACAACAGAGAACGCGAGGAAUCCCUGAUGACGGACUGCGAGUGGCAGCUGCGGCAGAUGCAGCGGCAGUGCAAGGAUAAAAUGGACAAGAGCAACUACGAGCGGAAGCAGGCGACCGCCAAGGCGGAGGAGCUCGAGCUGGAGCUGAAGUCGAAGCGCAAGGAGUCCGAGCUGCUCCGCACCUGCCAGGCGCAGGUGAACUCGCUGAGGGGCGUGGUCAGCGAGCAGGAGCAGUCCAUCCAAACCCUGAUGGACCGCAUCGAGAACUUGAAGGGCGACCUGCAGUCGGCCAACGAGAACCUCGAGGCCCAGAUCGAGGCGGUGCACAAGAUCAAGUAUCAGUGCGACAAUGCCAUCUACGACAAGGAGCGUCAAAUGAUCUACAAAAUCGAUGAGGUGCGCAACGAAGCAGCCGCCUUCUGGGAAAACAAACUUUACACAGAGAUGACAAGACUGACAAAUGAACUGGAGUCCGUGUACGUGGACGAGCGCCGGGAAGCGUUGGAUAAGCUGCAAAACGAGCACAUCGAGGAACUGCGGGCACUGACCAACAGAUACACGGCCAACGAGGACGAACUUCGAGCUGAGAUUGAGGAUCUGCACGAGAGCCUGGAGCAGAAGAAGGACGACUUCCUCAGUCUGCGCGAGCGUUCCGACAACGCGCUGCUCCAGACCCGCAUGCAUUUGGACAAGGCGGACCGGGAGUACCAGAACGCCAUGUGCCGCGAGGAGGAUCGUCGCGUGGAGCUGGAGGAGAAGCUGAAGCGGGAGUUCGAGGCGGAGAAGGCCGAGAUGGAGGAGCGGUUCCGCGAGCGACUCGGCCAGGUGAAGGAGGAGUUCGCCAAGGAGCUGCAGCUCUCCACGCAGGACAUGGUCGAUACUCAUCGCAAGGAGCUGGACUCUCAGAAGGCCAAGUUGCAGGCGGAGAAGGAGGAGGCGUUGCAGGAACUUGUGGAACGACAUCGCGCGAAAAUGGCAGCUGCCGAUGAACGAAUCAACAUGGAUCAGCAUUUAGGGCGGUCGACGACUACCUCUCCGGCCCUGUGGGCGUUGGCCAAGGGGGCGUGGCCGUAUAUGCCGACGCUAUAUGUGCUUUAUCUGACCAUGUCGCCGCUGAUCGCCCUCGCAUGCUUGUUGUUCAAUAUUGUCGCUGUGCUCUAUAUCAAAUACCGUCACCUCCUAAUCGAUGUGGAACUUCGGCACCAGCGCAACCUCAAGGACCUGAAGGCGGCCUACGAUGCCGAGAAGGCGGCGCUGGACAAGCGCGACAUCAGCAACGCCAACGAGAUCGAGCAGCUGCACCGCAAGUGCCGCUGCCUGACCAACCUGUUCGAGGAGAUGCGAAUGCGCUACGAAAGGCGGGAUCCUCGGGCCGAGGAUCUGCGCGAGAUCUCCGAACUGAGGACCCGAUGCGAGAGCCAGGAGAGGGAUCUUUAUGUGCUCACCGAUCGCCUGCGCGAAAUGCAGAUUCAAAUGUCUGAGAUGCAGCAGAACGGCGAUCGGAAGGGCGGUGGGAAGUCGGUGAAGAAACCCCCGCCCAAAUCGAUAGCCACCAGCUGUGACGUCAUCUACGAGGAAAACGAAGAGCGGGAGUCCCCGGAGCAGGAAAACGGGGAGCACUCCUCCCAGGGGGACAAUGACGAAGAGGAGGAGGAGGAGGAGGAGGAGGGAAUCGAGCAGGAGCCCAGCGACACGGAGUCAAAUCACACGAUCGAGGUCAAUGGAAAAUCCGAUCGGAUCAACGAAGACGACGCCCAUUUAAUCACCGCCGUGUGAUCAAUAAAUAACUCUCAUGUAUCUUCCGAAUUUGUGGCUGUAUUUUUCGAGAUCCCCAGGAGUGGACUUCCCAGGACCAAGGAUGUGUGAUCCCGGGUGCUUUGGUGCUUUUUGUGCUGCCCUCUGUAUCGCAGGAUACGGAAAUCGACCCACUCAACAGAAAAAAGAAACGCUCAAAGCUUGAACUCAUAAAAAUUGUAAAUGAAAUUUCUGAAUUGGUUUUUGAAACCGCUAAAAAAAAAAAGAACGAAAUAAAUGUAAAUAUUUUUAACUAACA